AUGAAAAGUGAAAUUACAGGAGGUAUGAAAGGAUCAAGCAAGGAACUCCAGCAAAGUGCCAUGUUUAUGGCAGGUCUGACUCUCUUGCAGUCUCUCCGUGUGGCGUUAACUGGAGCAAAGUUUGCAAUGGAUAGAUUUAAAAUUCCUCAGCAGCAUGCCAGUUCGUUCAUUAACAUGGUCCAUAAUCCUAUGGAACUGGCAACGUUUACUGGGAUGGCUAUUGUAACUAUUGCAACACUUAUUAAAGAACCAAAAGAUCCAGUUUCAAAGAAAUGUUUCAGAUGCCUUGCCAUAUUUACAAAUGUGACACUAUGCUGUUCAUUCAUCUUACUUCUCUAUGCAUUCACUUCUGGGGGAGAACAGGGAGAUCUUACCUUCUAUUACUGGGCUAUUGUCCUAGUCUCAUUUGUCUAUGGACUGAAUGUGGCAACUGUAAUGAAUGUUGGAAGUGCAAAUGCUUCCUUUUUCAAUGUAGGAAUACCUCUUUCCGGUAUCCAGGUUUGUAUCUACUACUAUAUCUUUACGAAGCUUGCUGAGUGGUUUAAUUGGUCAAACGUUAGUUACUGGAUUAUAUUUUGGCAGAUGAUCAUAGCGAUAGUGAUUGCAGCAGCCUCCGCUGGUGUAUGGAUUGCUAUCGCUGUUGUUGGUACUACUGCGGAUCAAGGUGGUACUGGUAAACAAGCUAAAGAUACUGGCACUGUUUGGUCUCCAAUUUUCAUGGGAAUGGUUGGUAUGGGUGGUAUUUACGCUUUCUAUCCUGCUAUUGCUCCCUAUAAGUUGACUGAUGUUGGAACUGGAUACACUAUUGAUCUUGCUGUCUUGUUCGUUAGUGCAGUACCAGGUAUCGUUAUUGCCAUAGUCACUUUAUGUGCAUCUGAAAAGGGCCCACAUAAAGAUUGGAGUAGUGCUCAAUGGUGGCAUGGUACUUGGAUUCUGGCAAUUCCACAUAUUCUUGCCAUGGUCUUAUGCUUUGUUACACUUCAUUACCCUGAUGGUAGAGUAGCUAGUUCUAUAAAGAGUAGUGGUUUGAAGGUUGGGGUUAUUACUGUGACUCUAAAGUUUUGUGAAGAAGGACUAAAGGCAGUUUCUUAUUCUGGAGCCGCCAAGCAAGUGGAUAGUGGAAGUGAAGGUACUAUCUCCUCUUUUAAUGCGUUCACUUCACAAGGUUUAAUGAUCAUUCUGGCCUUUACUGGAGACGGAUACCUAAAGACUUAUUCUAAAUAUGAACAUGAUCGGAGUAAAUGGCCCACUAAGGAUUAUGGAACUCUUAGAUCUAUAUUAUACUGGGCAGGAAGUGGAAUGUGGGUGGCAUGUAAGAGUGUUAAGUCUUCCUUUACCACUAAUGUUAGGUGCAAGGUUUUGGGUAAAUCAGAAGCCUUACUCAUUGUAUAUGCGGAUGAGGAAUUUUAA